AUGGGGACUGAAAAUCCCGGUCAUCCAAACUUCCCUUCGAGACCUAAUUCCUUGCCGUUUGCGGCUGCACAGACUAUGACACCUUUUUCAUCAAUGGGUCCUGUGGCUGGAUCAGAGCCUCCUUCUUUCCGACCUACUCCUCCUGUACCUCCCCAAGUGGCCACACCGUUUCCAUCGUCUGGACCUGCUGUUAGACCAGGGGUACCCAGUUUUAGACCUACACCGCCAGGCAGGUUCAAUGACCCAUCAGUGCCUCCUCCUCUCCCAUCAUCCAAUGUUCCACCAGUGCCAGCUUCUGGACCUUUCCAGCAUUUUACAGCACCUCCCUUUUUGUCGACUGUUCAGCCUCCUCUCACACGGGCUCCACCCUUGGGACAGCCAUCAAUUCAUCAACAUGCAAGUCAAGCACCUCCCUUUCCUUCAUCUCUUCAUCCUCAGCCGCAGAUGCCUUAUGUUCAAAUGGGGUCUCCACCUAUGGGUUCAAAUGUUCCUCCUCCUCAAUUUCAGCCAUCUGUUCCUGGAUAUGCCCGUGUGCAGCCUGGUGCCGAAAUGCAAGCUCCACCUAUACAUUCCUCUAUUCAUGCAAACCAAGGAAAUUAUGGACCUGCACCGCCUGCAGCACCAUCUCCCUUUGCACCUCAUCAAGGAGGCUACGCUUCAUCAAUCCCGGUGGCUACUCCAAUAGGUGUCCAGCCCACACAGCAACCAGGAUAUGCACCCCCUGCUGGUGCCAUUCAGGGCUUGACAGAAGACUUCAGUUCGCUCACAAUGCAAACUCGUCCUGGAACAAUGGAUGCAUUAUUUGAUGCUAAAGAUCUUCCAAGGCCAUUGGAUGGUGAUGUGGAGCCGAAGAAUUUGGCAGAGGUUUAUCCCAUGAAUUGCAAUCCCAGAUAUAUGCGAUUCACUACCAGUGCAAUUCCUAGCUCCCAGUCCUUAGCUUCAAGGUGGCAUCUGCCUCUUGGAGCAGUUGUAUGUCCACUUGCUGAAUCUCCAGAUGGGGAAGAGGUGCCGAUAAUUAGUUUUGCUCCAGCUAGUGUUGUACGCUGCAGAAGAUGCCGGACAUACGUGAAUCCUUAUGUGACAUUUACAGAAGCUGGAAGAAAGUACCGGUGUAAUGUAUGCACCUUGCUUAAUGAUGUUCCUAGUGAAUAUCAUGCCCAGUUAGAUGCCACUGGAAAAAGAGUUGAUUUGAAUCAGCGACCCGAGCUUACAAAGGGUACUGUAGAAUUUGUUGCCCCUGCUGAGUAUAUGGUGCGGCCUCCUAUGCCCCCAGUAUAUUUCUUCCUCAUUGAUGUUUCCAUAUCUGCAGUUAGAAGUGGCAUGAUUGAGGUUGCAGCCCAAACAAUCAAGUCUUGCUUAGACGAGUUGCCCGGCUUUCCACGAACACAAAUAGGGUUUGCAACUUUUGACAGCACUAUUCAUUUUUAUAACUUGAAGUCAACCUUGAAUCAACCACAGAUGUUUGUAGUCUCAGAUCUGGAUGACAUAUUUAUUCCACUCCCAGAUGAUCUUCUUGUUAACUUAUCUGAAUCAAGAAGUGUGGUGGAAGCCUUCCUAGAUAGUUUGCCAACUAUGUUUCAAGAUAAUGUUAAUCUGGAAUCAGCUUUUGGUCCUGCUCUUAAGGCUGCUUUCAUGGUUAUGAGUACGCUUGGAGGAAAAUUGUUAAUUUUUCAAAACACACUUCCAUCUCUCGGUGUUGGUCGCUUGAGGUUACGGGGAGAUGAUUCUCGUGUUUAUGGGACAGAUAAAGAACAUGCACUGAGACUGCCCGAAGAUCCAUUUUAUAAGCAAAUGGCUGCUGAGUUUUCUAAGUACCAAAUAUCAGUAAAUGUGUAUGCAUUCAGUGAUAAGUACACUGACAUAGCCUCCUUAGGAACUCUGGCAAAGUACACUGCUGGUCAAGUGAAUUACUAUCCAGCUUUCCAAUCAGCCAUUCAUGGAGAGAAAUUGAGUCAUGAAUUAAGGAGAGACCUCACUAGAGAGACUGCAUGGGAAGCUGUAAUGCGUAUUAGAUGUGCAAAAGGUGUUCGCUUCACAACUUAUCAUGGGAACUUCAUGCUAAGAUCCACAGAUUUGUUGGCACUUCCAGCUGUAGAUUGUGAUAAAGCCUUUGCCAUGCAGUUAUCACUCGAAGAGACAUUAUUGACAACUCAGACUAUUUAUUUUCAAGUUGCAUUGCUUUACACUGCAUCCUGUGGAGAAAGGCGUAUCAGAGUACACACAAUGGCAGUGCCCGUAGUUACAGACUUGGCGGAUAUGUAUCGCCUGGCUGAUACUGGUGCACUUGUCUCUCUAUUUUCUAGACUAGCUAAUGAGAAAACAUUGUCCCAAAAACUGGACGAUGCACGGAGUGCUGUGCAACUAAGAAUUGUGAAAGCCCUCAAGGAGUAUCGAAAUCUUUAUGCUGUGCAACAUCGCUUGGCCAACAGAAUGAUAUAUCCCGAAUCUUUAAAGUUCCUAAUGUUGUAUGGAUUAGCUCUUUGUAGAUCAAUGGCUCUACGUGGAGGGUAUGGUGAUGUUCCAUUGGAUGAUCGAUGUGCAGCAGGACAUACAAUCAUGAUUCUUCCAAUAAAACGAUUGUUGAAACUUCUCUAUCCUAGCUUGAUUCGACUUGAUGAAUAUCUUCUAAAGCCAUCUGUACAAGCUGAUGACUUAAAAAGUAUCGAGAGAAGGUUACCUUUGGCUGGGGAGAGCUUAGACUCUAGGGGCCUUUAUUUAUAUGAUGAUGGCUUCCGGUUUAUUAUAUGGUUUGGUAGGGUGAUUUCCCCUGAUAUAGCAAAGAAUUUACUCGGGGCAGACUUUGCAGCAGAAUUAUCAAAGGCUACUCUCAAUGAGCAUAAUAAUGAAAUGUCAAGGAGGCUGAUGAGGGUACUUGAAAAGUUAAGAAAUGAUGAUCAUGGAUAUUACCAGUUGUGCCAUCUUGUGAGGCAAGGUGAACAACCCAAAGAAGGAUUCCUUCUUCUUGCAAACCUAGUUGAGGACCAGAUGGGUGGUAAUAGUGGGUAUGCUGAUUGGAUGCUACAGAUAUCCCGACAAGUGCAUCACUCAUAA